GUACAGAACACUCUCGCGCAACCUGACAGUAUAUCGUAGUACUUUAGUAACUGAAUAGUGUUCGCCGCGAAGAAGGAAGUGUGCUUCACGUAGCGGUAGAAGCCGCGUAGAGCUGUACGGUGUAAGGUUAUGUUGUUUGGUUUUGGUGCAUCGUCGUGACUCGGGUGAUUUCAGGACAUCUUGAAAAUUCCGGAUACCGUUUAGAAGGGUAACUUGUGGAAGCACCGUCUGACAAAAAAAGGCCUAAUAGUCGUGAAGAAAAUGGAAGAACGUCGCAGCGAAUGGCCGUCGAAUCGCGUUAACGGUGCGAAUCUGGGCCCAUCAAGAAUCCCAAAACUUAUUUAGAAAAAGCAACAGGCGCGGUAGGAGCUAUAAACGGAAGUCACAGGAUAAAAGGAUCAGUUGUCGACGAUGUGGAUCGACCACGGAUUCCCACGUUGAGAAACACUCGCCGGUCCUGACCGGCUUUGCGGACGCCGAGGAGACGCUCUCCUCUCCGUUCCCUCGUUGUCAUCCUCGACGAGGUAUUGGACGUCCUUACGAUUCGGAUACGGCAGUCGUAGAAAUGUCGCCCGUCGGCGCCAGUAUUGCUAAGUCGAUGAAGAUGAGCUUCUCGCUGUCCUCGCUGCAGCCCUCUAGCAACAGUCUAGAGGGUCCUGAGCAUGCUAGGCUGCGUGCUGAUCGUCCUUACAAUAGUCUGACGAAGAAAAGGAAGGAUCCGGAGCAGGAACAGUGGCGUCGUUCCUGGGGAAGUAGAGAAGAUAAUAAAGAUGAUUUCUGGGCGGCUAUACAGUCUAAUUACAAUUACAUCAUGGACACCAAUCUUAUUGACAGUUGCAAAGAGGCAAACGGAGAACUUGCUUGGGACGAGACUGACGUAUCUACCUUAUCUUGGGGAUUGAAGGAACUCAGUGGACAAUUUUCGGAAUUGUAUUCCUGGCUCGGUGCUAUUCAGGAACUGGUUUACUCGAAAGAGGAGAAUUUAUUGGACAAAAGUCUUCGAGCGGCUCACAUGGAGGAGCUGCGACGUAAGGCUUACAGAAGAAGACUGUUUAACGAGCAAGCAGGAAAGUUGGUCUCACGUGCUCCAACUCUUCGAGACGAAGUGGCAUGGCGUGUCGAUCACUUGAACACUAAAUGGGAGCUCGUUGAACAGAUAAUGACACCUGGAGUCCAGCCAGUCUCUAAUCAACAGGAUGUUUCUGCAGAUUUUGAUCAUGAAGUAAAGUGCCUGAGGAAGUGGCUUCGCGAAAUGGAAUCGCGUCUUCAGCCAUUAAGCUUUCAUGUGGAUUGGAGCAGAGCUGAGCUUGAGGAAAAGGCAAUGGAGCAUAUGGUACUGCAAAGAGAUAUCGAGGCUCACGGUAGGAUAGUGAGCUCGGUGGUGAAGCUGAGCGAGAAAGUGGCUUUGGCUGUGCAACAGCAGCAAGAAGAUCAACAGCAGCAAAUACAGCAGCAGCAGCAGCAACAACAACAGCAACAUGCACUAAGAGUAGCCAGUUCGUUAGAACGUCGCUGGCACCUCUUGUUUCUACGUGCAUUAGAGUGGCAAUGUCACAUAGAAACGCUUGCAUCUCGUCUGUCCAGCAAGACUCUGGUAACGUGUCGCUGCAGUAGCGACAGCGACGAAGAACCCGUAACGAAGCAACCACGAUUGAGUCGCAGACAAUCUCGUGAAUCAGGAAGCUCCUCUAGCCAAUCCGGUAAAUCCGCUCAAUCCAGUCGGUCGUCCUUACGCUCAGGACGCUCGGGACGCUCACGGCGCUCCAGGACGCAGAAACUGCAGACUAACAGAAGCGAUCACUCUGACAGCGACGUCUCCUCCGAGAAUCGAUUCAACGACGAUGGCUCGUAUUUCGAGGACGAAAUCUAUGUUCUCUGUGUAAUGGACACUAACGAUCCUGAGGUGUCGAAUAACACUGAAUGCGAGGGUGUUCCUGGCUCGACCGUAGUUUUGGGUGAUCAGGGCGAGGAGGGUGACGUGGAGGAAAGCGGUGCAAGCGAGGAAGAACGUGACGACAUGCCGCCGACGCCGGGCGUUGCGACGCCCAUUGACGAAGUUGAUUCACCGCGUGAGCCGUCGUGCCGCGAUAACAAAAAGGAUGUGAUUAAGCGACGUCGUCCUCUGGAGGAGUCAGCAUCGUUCAGCACGUCAGAUCGCAAAUCUAAGAAUUGUGCGACCUUCUACUUCAAGCAUCAUGAUACUGAUUCCGAGGCUGACAGUCGUCCUGGCAACGAAUCACCGAACAUGGUGGAAUCUUCCGAGGAAGAAUGGACAUACACGGCCUCAUCGCCGAAGGACUCUGUUCUCUCCAUCGAUGAACGUAGAACCAACGUGGUGGUUCGUCUAGAUUUCGGCGAAGGCGCCACCGUAGAAAGGAGUCACGUGGUACGCACCUGCGACGAGAUCAACGGCAAUGGUCCCGUAGUGAAUGGCAAUGAAUCUAAAUUAAAAAUUGCUAGUGCGAAUGGCAAAGGUCUCGGGAAUCCUCAGGAAUCCAUUCAAUGCGUUAAGAAGAGUAAGAAUGAUGAUGAUGAGAAUGAGGAAACUGACGAGGAGGAUGAUGACGACGAGAAUAAGAACAAGGAAAUACGAGGCGAUGAGACCAGCAUCCAACGGUUGAUACUGGAGGUUGAGAAACUUGUGAGGGAGAGUACCGAAAGUAAUCCAUCUAAGCGUUUGCCGCCCCUCAUCUUCGAGGACUUGGGAAUAGUUAAUAACAAUAGAGCAAAAUAUGCCAGGAUCAAGGAAUGGCUGAAGCUGAACUCUAUCAGGAACCGCGAAGGAGAUUAUACUUCCCAGUAUUGGCUACAACCUCUGGACAGUUGCGAUGCAAGUGGCGAGUAUACAACAGGCGAAUCGGAUGCGGAAAAACAAUCUGUGUCAUCGGAUGACCUGCAGAGCAGCGUCGCGACCUUCCGGCGUCUGGACGGUAGUUUCGGCUGUGUCUCGCAGUCGAUAUCUCAGGAGGUUAUCGAUGACCCGGAUCGUACACCGGUGAACGAUGGCCAUUAUCCUGGGAUAGAAUCGAGUACGCCGAAGGUUGUGAUGAGAUCAAAGCGGAAGUCGAAUGGCCCCAGGCCCUGGAGUGUAUCCUGUAUAUCGCAGAUUGGAAACAGCUCAACUCUCGAUGAGGCGAAUGAUCCAAUUUCUCAGUUUUCCAUAUCAGAAACUGCUCUACAUCAGUUAGUGGCUAUUCCACCUACAAAAUCCGUAUCUCUCGAUGCUACCGGUUCCUGUAUUCCGUUUAACAAUUCAUCCUCGACUCUUUUGGAAGAAACUGCCAUCAGUCAGGAUGGUACAGUCGUUAGGAACAGUUCCCUGCGCCGUAAGAAGGGCAAGCUACGUAAGAAGACAGUGGGACGUAAAAGCGAAUCAGGUUCCGACGGUGUAAAUGCCAAUCAUCAUUCAGCUGGGAGUGACGGUUGUUCUAAAGAGCAACGAUCACCGCGUCGUAACACAUCGAAUCGUCCCAUCAGGACCAUCUCCAGAGACUGCCAAGGUCGCUUGACCACGCUGGUGAAGUCAGGAUCUUUCUCGGGAUGCACUGCUAGACAGCAGUUAUCCAUUGAAAGGAAUAUUGUGAGUGAUCCUACUGCUCCGUUCAAAGUACAACCAUGCUGCCAAUGGGAUCCGUCAACAUCAGAGACAGAGGACGAGGAACGUUCUCGUGGAUGCGUCGGUUACGAGGACAACCUCCUGGACACCGUUCUGAAUAGCAAGGAUCUUAAUAGUCAAUUCAAUAUGGAUAGCGACAUUGAGAAAAAUAGUCUUGGCAACAAUUCCUUUUCCGAGCAAGCUUGGGAUAAUUAUCAGGAAAAGUAUAUGAGUGAGCCUUACAGCGAAGCACCUGACGUCGACGCAGCGCGUAGACUCCUGGACUUUGGCGAUGACUAUAGAAAUUUCCUCGACAGCCAGUCAGAUUGUGCAUCCAGUAUGAGCGCAGUGCGCGAAAAUUCUCCACGGAUGUCCAGAAAGAGGAUGCAUCAUGGUGUCGGAGUCGAUUCAACAGAGGAUAGCGACAGCGAUAUGGAGGAUCUGCGAAAACUCAUGGAGAAGUCACAGUCGCAAUUGGAAAUGUCGGAGAAUCUCUCAUUGAGGGUCAAUGGGAUUCUCACGUCGGGCGAUUGCACGGAACUGCAGUGCACUUGCAAGGAAAAUAUACGCUGCCUGCAGGCUGUUUUAGAAGCUGUUGGCGGUGCUUUGCGCGGGGAGAAAAAUGCCAAGCAGAUUCGCGGCUUGAUAGAGCGUUGGGAAUUUCUAUCGAAUCGAGCGGAGGAGACAUGUAGAGCGAGCGUCCUGCAACGGGAUAUGGCCGGUAUGCGUCUUGAAUUUCGUCAAAUUCAAGAGAGGCUUCUUUCUUAUGAGAUCGUUCUCGAUCAGCAACAUGUCCUGGAUGAGCGUAUCAAUCAAGUCACGAAUGAACUUGCUCGUAUAAGUGAAGGCAAGAACGCACUAUUGGCCCUCAAUGUGUCGACGCAUCGUCUAAUUACCGAUGCUGGAACUUCGGCGUUACCAGGAUUCCAAGUUCUCAAGGACGAGGUGGCUGAUCUUUAUCGUCUCUGGGACGAGACCUCGCAGAAGGCUAAUCAACAGUUGAGUGCACUCCAAGCGGUACAGCAGUUUGCUGCUAGACUUAACGAACUUCAGAGCGCCCUUAGAAGGGAUAAAGAUACCCUGGCUGUGCUCGACGCUGCACUUCAGGCUGGUGCGACGUCCGAAGUUGCGUCAUCGAUGCGAGACGUCGCUCGACUUCUUUCUGAAAAGCAAGAUAUCUGCUGUCAAAACGGCAAUACCGUGACCUCCGUUAAGGAUAAGGAAAAGGAUAAGGAUUCUGAGAACUGUCAGGACGGCAGUAGUAGCAUGGUGAUUGGUUCCUCCUUAGCACAGGAGGGGGGCGGCUCGCUGUCUGACAGUGGAAUUUCUGACAGUGGCAGCGAGCAGGAAUUGAGCGAGAGGGAGCGACGCCUCGCGACGUUGCGUCGGCUGGCUCGGACCUUGGAGACUCAGCUUGCACCAGGAAGCGCAGCCCUCGCGGAACUUGCCAAGAGGAUCGAAGGUGCUGAGUGCGAAUUGCGCGGUUUGCAGAAACAGUGUCGCGAAUUGAUUGUUCGCACAGCUGCUAGUGUUGAGGCUCGUGGGGUUGGCAGAGCGAGAAGUCAAGCUACUGCGAUGGUCAGUAAACGCAAGAAGACUACAAGCGCUGACAUGGAGGUGGACACUCUUCUGGAUUCACUGUCCAACAGCAGUGCCAGCACUACGACCGAUGGCGGUGACCCUGAUAACGAACCGGGAAGGCCCAGCGGCUGGAUCUGGCGUGUCCUCAGGGCCGCGCUACCCUUUCAACUGGCGUUGGUAGCACUGUUCUGCGCAGCCUGUUUACUGGAACCACAUUGCUGCGAGGCUGCCAACACACUUAAUUUAUCGCUCACGCCGCAGUUGCGUUACGUGCGGGGCCCACCGCCAGUUUAAAGGCCUUACGUUACCUUUUAAGUGGGUUCGCAUCUACUGGUAUCGGAUGGUUCAUGCUGCAGAAGUGCAACCGUUUAGUACGGUCAGUGCGUCUGGUUGGGAUUAUGGACGAUCCACUUGUAGUAGAGCAUGACCAGAGAAUAAGGGCGAAUUUUCAAGAGACCAUUUUUUAAGAAGGUAUGUGACUGUGCUCGAGAAAGGAUCAUCUUUUUUUUUGUACUUCUUUGUAUUUCUUUUCUUUUUGUUCGUUUUCAGUUGAGUAUCUAUUCUUGCUUACAACUCGUUAAACUUCUUUUUUGUACUCCGUGGAAUAGAGUGCACUGUCAAACGAUCUAAUGCGAUCGAUUAUUUAUCCCUAUCGGUAGCUAAUAUUCUUAAGUAUUAACUUACUGUUUUUGUUUUUCAAUUGGUCAGUUCUAUUCUUUUUCUUUUUUUUCCUCUUCCUUCCCCGUCUUUUUGUCUAGGAACUUUUUCUCUAUGGAAAAGUUCAUUAUAUAUAUGUAUAUAUGUUUGGAAAAGUAUAUAGACAUAUAUGCUAUAUUUGUUGCUGGGGGAUACUUUGGGAACAAUUUCAUUUACGAAGUCGCCAUUUUGAGGACAAGUCGCUGUUUUGGGGACCCUCCUCAAAGAAUUUUUAGCGUAAUGACUGUUUUGAAGACCAUAAAGCGGACUGUCUCACCAAAUUUGUUUAUAUUUUAUCAAUAUUAGGCAUCCAGUAUUUGUGACGGGGUUAGAAAUGUUUCGUUAUGUUAUAUCAGGUCAGAACUUCAAUGCUGUGAUGUCUCAAGGUAGUAGUUUUUUUUUUAACAUUUACUUGCUACCGUGAACGCCCUUUAAUUUUUCAUGUUCCCAAAGUAUCUCUUUGGCAAACUUAUAUAUAUAUAUAUUAACAUAUAUCGUAUACAAACCUUUAUCACUGUAACCGAACACCAAGCAUAAAAUGAAUGCGCGAUCGAUAUAUCUUAAUCCGUCGAUCAAAAUAAGCGCAAUACAUGUAGAGAGUAUUUUUCCAUAAAUUUUUAUAAGAAACGAAAAAAAAUUGAAUAGCCAGAGAGGCAUUUUCAUAUUUUAAUCUUUCAUUUAUGUCCUAUUUAUUUACUACGAGUGCUGCAUGCGCCUAUGUCUACACGUAGUUAUACAUAGCUUAGAAGGGGAUGACGAAUCAAUUAUUAUCUAUUUUAUUCAACAAUUUUUUUAUUUAUACCAAAAUCUAUUGAUCCGAAAUCGAUUCAUAAAUAUUCGUGCGUCGUUGUGCCACAUCCCCUUCAAUACGAUACGUUAUAUAAUAUUUAUAUAUCGUUCUUAUCAAUCAAAUAUUGCGUGUGUUAUACCAGUUCGUAUGCAACGAUAUGGUCGAGCGGUAGUAAAAAAUGAAUUACUCGUUUUUCGAAUUUUUAAUUGUUUUUCUAAUUCUAUUAAUUCCUAAAGUUUCAUCAAUUUUCCUCAAGUUCAUUUUUCACUAUCUCUCGUUACCUUUUUUGUUUUUACUGGCUUUGUUUUUACUCUUGCGAGCUUUGUCCAUAUAGAUAUAAUAUAGAUCAAGAGAAAAACGGAGUUGUAGAUAGAUAAUUGAAAGCGAGGAGAAAUCGAAGAGCUUAAUUAACCCGAUGACCUGUACGAAUGAUCCAAUCAGAGUCAAUCUAGUAACAUUCGUAUAGAUGUAGGUAUCUAUGGCGUGUGCUACAUAUUUCUCUUUCGAUAUACAUAUACGAUUGUCAAGCAUUUCUGUGAUUAUCGACUUUUAUCAAAAGACGAAAAUGCGUGUUUAUGGAUUUCCUAUUUUUCUCUCUUUAUUUCAUGUUGCUAAGAUAUCCAUUUUACCUUUUUGACCUGCGUUGAAGAUAAUCAAAUGAAGCAAAACAAUACUUGUCCGUACAGUAAGAUCAAACAAAUUUUCGUUUUAUUCUGCAUCUAACAUUUCGUUUUUCACUGCACAUGAAAUCUUGUCAAUCGGCUCUAUUAUAUCAAUUCAUUGACUUAAAAUAAAAACAAAAAAUGUACUUGACAUAUUUAUAAAAAAGAAAGGGAAAAAAUGCACGACGCUUACCGUGUAAGUGGUGACGUGCAUGCUAUGUGUUCCCAUGUAAAUAGUACUAUGGCCCGUAUUCAGAGUCAAUUCUUCGUUUUAAGCACGAUCUUAAGACAUCCUCUACCAUGUGUUAUUAUAAAUAUAUCUACGAUCUUAAGACUUCGCUUCGUCUCAAGGACUGACUAUGAAUACGGACCUAUAUAUCAUAUAUAUAUAUAAUGAUAUAUUAUAUAUGCGACCGGAGUUGGCGAUUUUGUUAUUUAAAGAAAUGACCUUAGAACGGAAAAACUCGGAGUAAAACUUUCUAAGAUUCCAGUUUUGAGAAGAUAUAAAUCGAAAAAGAUUAUCGAAAUAAUCUUGAACUGUGACGUACAUAAUCCCAUGCCACCAUGUAGCCAUGGAGAAUUUUUGGUGGAUGGAAAACAAAGUUGGUGCCUUUUUGCGAUUGAGAGACGAAUCAAAAUGCGACUUGGAGACUUUAUAUUUCAAAGGAAUUGAACAUCACUUGGUGUUUUUCUCUUGUCUUCGAUUUUUCGAGAUUUACCCUCAUGUGGGAGUCGCUCAGAAUGAUAUAAAACGUAGCCUCGAAUCGAGUACUUAUUGUUUACAAAUGUCCACUGAGCGCACUCGUAUUUUAUCGAGAAUUUUGCAAACCCUCAACCACGAAUCGUAUAUAUUAUACUUAAAAAGUGAAAGAAAAAGAAAUUGAGAAUAAAAAUGUAACGGUGUGUUGGUGAUUGACGUAAAAAAAAAUUGCUACGCACGAUAAGAAAGUCCCAUAGCAGGUGUUCAUAAUAAUGUGGUUCGAUAACGUUAAUCGCUCUGCAUGGGACUCUGCGAAAUGUCCCGUUUGUAUAUUUUUCUUUUUAUUAAAGAAAAAACGAACAGGGAGUGAAAAAAUGACGAUCGAAAGUCAAUUACACAAUAAGAGAGACAAUUCUUAUUACGAUUAGUCUUACAAUUUAUUAUUAUAAGCGAUAGCGUUAUCAUGUAAUAUGCAACUAAGGGCGGGUUCGUCAUUGGUGUCGUUUCUACGUGUUAAAAUAAUUUGUAUAAUAGAAAAUUAAAUGAUAGCAAAAAUUUAUAUUUUUAACUUGAUUUCGUUUUCAGAUAUUUGAAUUUACCGCCAAAACCGUAUAUGUUCCUUUGAUUGGUUGGCCCGAAACGAUACCACUGACGAAACCAGGGCCGUAGAAACUGCCUUAUUUACCUAUGAUAAUGUGUAUAAAGUACCUGAGCGUAAGAGAACAUUACCUACAGACCCCUAUUUAAGUAACGAGAAUUCUAUUUUAACGUAAAAGUUUAUUAUUUCAUAUGUGUCCUCUACAGCAAUAAGAGAUGUUUUUCAUUUUUAUUGCUUUCUAGGAUUAAUAUAGGUGCGCCCAAUAAUUGACGAUGCGCGACUGUAAUGUGUCGCGCAUUACAUUAUUAAUUAUGCAUUUACAAAAGUGACAAAAAAAAUUAAACAAUACGAUCGUUCGCUAAAUUGUUUUUGACAAAAAUUUCCGUAUCUUCAUGAGCGUCGGUAAAAUUUGAUGGAAUCUUUGUUCGCGAUUAAAAAAAAAUAAUAAAUUUAGUUUUCGAUAACUUAUCGAUAGCGACCGAUUUUUCAAAAUUGUAUUACACGGUUUUAAAAAAAGCUGCUUAACCCAUUUCUAAUAGACUUUCCGGCGGAUACGGAAUUUUUGUCUUAUUAAAAAAAAAAAAAAUGCGAUGAUCCUUAUCGGUAUAUUUUUAUUCCUCGAUUAUCGUAUAGUAGACAAUAAGAUAACGUGCAUGUGUUUUCUUCAUUAUUUUUCUCUUCGUAAAAUUAGUAUCCUUCGUAUUUUCCUCAUUUUAUUAAUAUCCAAUGCGAAGAAAGAAAAUAAAAAUUAUAAAGUAAAAAAAAAAUUAAGUGAGCUCCGAUCACACUCACUGAUGGCAACUUGCUCAAGCAUCUGCUUCUUUAAGAAUAUGUUCACCACAACUGAUUUUGCGCCCGAGAUUGUGCAUUAAUCGUUCGUUAUUAUUCUUAUACUUAUUUUCAUUAUUAUUGCUAUUAUUAUUACGUUUAUUAUUUUUAUCAUCUGCGUUUCGAUUGACAAAUCUCGAUCGCUUCCAUCGAUCUCGUAUCAAUCAAAAUAGAGUGCAGCGACUUUCGCAAAUGUGUGAAAAUAAGUUUCGUCAUUGUCAUUUUCGAAGACAUACUAAAAAUGAAAAUAUAUAAUGAGGAAGAAGAUAAGGGAAAAUAUACAUAAAACUAAUCGAAACGCGCAGCCAUUGGCAGAUUAUCGCAUAUUAAAGUCAUAACUACACUAUUGAAAUUAAUCGCAUAAUCAUUUCGCCACACCGUCAUUAAUUUUACAAUAGUAUCUUGUUCUUGCGCGAAAGAACGAGAAAACAAUAACGUACCUCUGUCUACAAUUUAUGGAUAAUCGCGGUGUAUUUGAAGAUUUUUUAAGCAAUAAAAUAUCUUUUGGACAAUGUAA